UGUUUGUCGAUCGUAUAAAUACACGAAGUUGUAAUGAACUGGAUCAGACGGUUACAAGUUACAUCGAGGCGCUUAAAAGUUUCUGUAAUCGUGGGACAACGCUGUUCGUUUAAAAUGAGAGCUCUGUUCGUGAUUCUGUUCAUUUGUUUUCUGGCCCUCCCAGCUAUCAUGGGCUGCAGACCACCAGGUUUACCAUGCUCCGACGACAAAGACUGCUGUGCACCGUUAGUAUGCAACCCAUGGGCUGGCCGAUGCACCAAGAAAAUGAGUCCGCCAGCAGCCCUGGCAAAUCAGCCAGAAGAUCCAGCCGCGCCACCUGUCCAGGAUCGGCGAUGAAUUCAACGAUCGAUCGGCGUCAAUGUUAUUUCGUAGAAUAUA